GCAUUGUGAAUGUUCAGGGCAACCCUUCUGCAUUUGCAGCUGUCACGGAGGAAGGGUCGCUUGUCACCUGGGGAGACGCCACCUUGGGAGGCGAUAGUUCUGUGAUACGAAGCAAGCUGCAACAGAAAACAUGGCCGGAUGCGCCAGAGGAAGCUUCUUUGUCCAAAAGUUGCGUGGUCGGGAUGGUGUGCCUAGGGAAAGUGAUUCAAGCCAGCAAGGUUGAAAACCCAUGGGUCUGUGCCUCCUUGCCGUUGGUCCACGAGAUUGUUGCCACCGUAGAGUUCAGAUCCCCAGUUCGAUGGGAAAAGGGGAAGCAAGCUGUCUGGCAUGUCAAAGAUGGAGAGAUGCAAGGAAAGCUGAAGGAAGCAACCGCCUCGGGAGAAAGAAGAAGCUGGGAUUCCUUGUGGCCAACUGCAGAAGAUGAGAGACCCGCUGCCAAGCGCCAGAAGCUCACGCAGCCUUGGAAAAGCAAGAAGCGGAAGCGCCGUUCUGACGCUGGGAACACCCGCAGUCCGGCUCAAGUUUCCUUCACAGCAUCCAAGCGUCGCCGGCUGCUUCUUCGCAGCCCUUUGCAAAAGCCGAAGUUGGCAAAAGCACCAGCAUCAGAAGCCUUGCAGGCCAGCACAAGCCCGCAGAGGGGACCUGACCGUUGCAGUCUUGCCCAACGGGUGGCAGCAGGAAGGACCUUGGAGCUGCUGACAACACUGAUGGCAGUGCAUUUCCUGAAGAUCUGUGAUGCCAAAGUCACACAGUUGCAGCCCAGAGGAGGUCUCUUUGCUUUCCGGGACGAUCAGCCGGUGUUCAUUCUGAGUGUAUGGACAAGCAGAAAAAUUCCUUUGGCUGAUGUGGUUCCAUUGAAGCAGGCAACAUUUCAAGGACAAACCGUCCUCAAAGCCAAAUACACAGAGACCCGCACAUGCAGACGGAGUGAGCUCAAAGAUGUCGGCUUACAUUUCCAGGUUGCCAACUGUGCGAAUGAUCGCCGCGGAGCGAGCUUGCUGUUCCAGAAGCAACCGGGGGAAACACAAGGAGAUCAAGGCAGAGCUUUGCGCGAGAAUGCAGCUUUGGCAGCUCGCUGGCAGGCUGGCAAUGCAGAGCUAGGUUUGGCCACUUCAUGCACAGUUGAUCACUCGGUGCGAUCCGUUGUGCCAGUGCGUUUGCAGGCGCACCUGGCCGAACGAGCUGCUUCAGGUAUUACCCAUCACGCGGCCCCACGCGCAGAUGAGAGCCGUUCCUUUUGGAUUCUGGACCUGCCAUUGCCAGUGCAAGUGGAUGGUCGCCGCCAUCGCUGCCAUACGUGCGCGCACUUGCGCAUCUUCGACAACUUUACCGUGGAGACACAUGAUGUUGUUGCAGCCUAUCCUGACGUGCUGGUGCACUACGUGAAGAAGCAAGCCCCUGUUUUGAUGACACGGCGAUUCCUGCUCCAUUUGGUGCAGCUGUUCUACGACCGCCUCAACUCUAGGGCAACGAGGCGAGCUUUGGUGGAGCAAAUCUGUGGCAAUGCUCUUUCCCUCAAUGUAGCUGGGCGCAUGAAAGAAUUUUGCAGUGCAGUGCCCAAAUCUGUAUCCAUCCGCUCCAUUCUCAUGGCAGCAUUGGAAGAUUACACCAAGGCAGCUUCACGCGAGAUGCAGCGGCUCAUCAAUGUGUACAGUGGUUCAGUGAUCAGAGGAGAUGGAAACCACGAUGUAGCAAAAAGGAUUACAAUGUAUGAUGAAGCAGGUCAGAAAACACACCCAUAUACGGUGCUCCUAGCUUGGGUCACGGUAGACGGGGCCUUGUUUCAGCCUGUAACAGCAGCUGAAACAGAAGACUGGGUCGACUUGCAACCUGAUCUGGAUGCUGUUGUAACCAACCUGAAGCAGGACAGGCUGGCAUCAGGCCUGUCCUUAGCUGAGGCAGCCCCAGUAGCUCAUGCCACGGACAGUUUCAGAAAGCAGCGUUUGCUGCUUGAUGCAUUUUACAAAAACAAGUACCACGAGAUGGGAGUCGAGGCGGUUUCCCAAACACCAAAAGGGAACGCCCAAGGAGCAAGAGGUGGAGGCGUGUCUCCAACCAUCGUAUGCGGAGAUCCGCUGCAUGACCAGUUGGCGCUACAGCGCAAGGUAAGUGCAGCGAGUCCAGAUGCCUCAUGCCUCAUUGCUGAUCACAAGGACAUCCUGCAGCGGUUGUCCUUGAAACCAAGGGUGGCAGAAGAUGUUCCACCUGUGCUCUCUGAGCCGGGUCUUUUCCUUGAGCUUGAUGAGGUCCAUCAUCCUCUACUGAAGUCGGUGGUUGAAGAUCUACAGGCAACCGUGUCAAAACGACUGGAACAAGGUCCGACUGGUGCGGCAGCUUUGAGAACUUUCCUGGAGCAACCCUUUGUCAACAAAGCCAAGACGUGGCGAAAAGUCUUUGCGGCCAGUCCACCACGGGGUGUGGUGCGACGCGCAUGUCGAGCCGUUGGCGCAGAGCUUCAUGACAGCAUGGGGUACCAUGGCUUUGCAGAGUUGAUGGAUUUCACAAAGGCUGUGAAGGAACUACGUGCUUGGUAUGCUGAUGGAAGGAAAAACAGCAGGCGCAGAAGAGGGAUUUGUCGGGUGGCUAAAGCCAAGCCACGAGUGCAAGGAAAGCGGUCAGCCAUCACUACCACAGUGGCAGAGCAUUAUGCGCGGUUGCUACAGCCGCUCCGGUUGCAAGGAUUGUGGAAAUGGCGCCAAGUGGCUCACUCAGUCCAAGAUGCAGGAGUGCCUCUUCAAACUGGCACAGUGGCUGUGGAGCGCUGGUGGAGCUCUCUAAAGCAGAUGCUGCCAAACGAGGCUAGAUGCGUCUCCUCAAGGUGGUUUCAAGUUCUGGCACGGUUAGCAUUUUUGCGCCACAAUAUUAGGCAUUUUCAAGCAGGAUCCACGGUGCCGUGGGCUGACGGCGACCCACUUUUGUCACAAAGAAUCCAAUUCUUUGAAGACUGCGCGCGCAUGCUGCAGCAAACUGAUGACAAGAAUUGCCAUCCAAUUUUUGAGAAAUUUGUUGAUCCGUAA